AGGAGUGAGGAGACGCAGAGGGACUGAAAAUGUACUGAGAAGGUAAGGAAGUCAACAUGUGUCACGUAUUGGGAGAAGAGGAUGGUGGGUUUCCCUGAAUUCUUCCUACUUCUCUUCCCCUCUUUUUUUCACUCUCUCCCAUUUCCAUCUCCUUUUAUCUUUCCCAAGUCUAAAUUUCUGCAUCCAUUUCGUUUGCCUUCUCCUACGGUUGUUUCUUUAUGUCUUUACACGUGUCUUUUUUUAUCUAGCCCUAUUCUUGGCCUCGUCGUGGUUUUCCAUUUUCACUAUGACUUUUAAUCCUUCUUCUCUCCCCUGUUUUCUCUCUCUUAUCAUCUUCUACCUCUGAACCAUCUCCUCUCUCUUCCCAGUUGGGGGAAUCGGCCUUUUUACUCUCCCAUGCUGGUCUCCUUUUCCUCAUUUGUCGUCCAGUCUUCCGGUUUCAGGCGGACCCUUUAUCCUAAGUUCCCAAGUUCCCCACCCGAGACCAGACUGAGGAAACACACACACCUCGCCCCUCGGAGAGAGAGACGACAUCCGCCCAAGACUUCCAUGGCCUCCACUACCCGCCGCCAACGCCGAGAACGUCGCUUUCGUCGUUACUUGUCUGCAGGACGGCUGGUCCGGGCCCAGGCCCUCCUCCAGCGACACCCAGGCCUCGAUGUAGACGCUGGGCAACCCCCACCACUGCACCGGGCCUGUGCCCGCCACGAUGCCCCCGCCCUGUGCCUGCUGCUUCGGCUUGGGGCUGACCCUGCCCACCAGGACCGCCACGGGGACACGGCGCUGCACGCUGCUGCCCGCCAGGGCCCUGAUGCCUACACGGACUUCUUCCUGCCACUACUGAGUCGCUGCCCUUCUGCUAUGGGAAUAAAGAAUAAGGAUGGGGAGACCCCUGGGCAAAUUUUGGGCUGGGGACCCCCCUGGGAUUCUGCUGAAGAGGAGGAGGACGAGGCCUCUAAGGAGCGGGAAUGGAGGCAGAAGCUGCAGGGAGAGCUGGAGGAUGAGUGGCAAGAGGUCAUUGGGAGAUUUGAAGAUGAUGCCUCCCAUGAGACCCAGGAGCCCGAGUCCUUCUCAGCCUGGUCAGAGCGCCUGGCCCGGGAGCAUGCACAGAAGCACCAGCAGCAGCAGCGCGAGGCAGAGGGAGCCUGCCGACCCCCACGGGCUGAGGGCUCCAGUCACAGCUGGCAACGGCAGGAGGAGGAGCAGCGGCUCUUCCGAGAGCGAGCCCGGGCCAAGGAGGAAGAACUGCGUGAGAGCCGAGCCAAGAGGGCACAGGAGGCUCGUGGGGACCGAGGGCCAGAGCCAGCCAGGGCUGGGCCCAGGGCAGAACACCCAAGAGGAGCAGGGAGGGGUAGCCUUUGGCGCUUUGGCGAUGUGCCCUGGCCUUGCCCUGGAGGAGGGGACCCCGAGGCCAUGGCCGCAGCCCUGGUGGCCAGGGGCCCCCCCUUGGAGGAGCAGGGGGCCCUGAGAAGGUACUUGAGGGUCCAGCAGGUCCGCUGGCACCCUGACCGCUUCCUGCAGCGAUUCCGAAGCCAGAUUGAGACCUGGGAGCUGGGCCGCGUGAUGGGGGCUGUGACGGCCCUUUCUCAAGCCCUGAACCGCCAUGCGGAGGCCCUCAAGUGACCCCAGAGAAAGAGUGAGAAACUGCAGGGAAUGCAGCCUUAGAGGCAGGGCAGUAGUGAGGGGAAGGUCAAGUAUGGGGACGACGAGGAAGAAGCUGAUGCUACGCAGCGAAGGAUAUGUGGUGGGAGCGAAACUUGUAACGAGUGGGAGUGGGGAGGAUAUGGGCCACCACCACUGCUCCUUGACUCCUCCAUUUCCUAAUAAGACCUGGUUCCACAUCUCA